UGUCCCUGAACACAGCAUCGAGUCGAGUCUCCGCUGCGACGAGUGAAGAUUAGCGUCCGACCGCUGUUCUUUGCGGGUGAUCUUUGCGUUUUUUUGGGAGUAAAUGGAAGAGUGACUCUUGACGCUAUGUGUGAAGUCAUCGCUGAUACUGUGCACACGAACCCGGCGUUUCUCUAAAGCUGUCAGCAGAGGGAAAUGACAUGUCAGCGGCCGUUACACUGAAGGAGACGGAGUGAACCGCAGCAGCCAACUUAACUUUACUAGUUUCCUCCAUAACAGAGGGGGCUGUUUUCCUGUUUGUGUCAUUAUUCGACGCCAUCGCACAGCUGAAAACCUCGGGGACAUUUAAAAUGCAAGACGGACUCGUCGCUGGCGUUUGUGUGAUAAACGGGUAUGAUGCGUGGAGAUGAGCCGUCUGGGUGACAGCGCUUAGCUUCUAUCCGGGACCUCCGCUUUGGCAGCCAAGCUUCACAUCGGGCCAGGCCGAGUAAAUGUAAAGAGCCGUUUGGAUCGAGGCAUCAUGGACAUCUUUCCACGGCCAAGCGGCGAAAUCCAGAGGAAGAACCCUCAGAACGACUUCGAGCUCAUCCAGAGGGUGGGAAGCGGAACAUAUGGGGACGUGUACAAGGCUCGAAACAUAAAAACUGGGGAGCUUGCUGCUGUAAAGAUCAUCAAGUUAGAACCAGGGGAUGACUUUUCCAUAAUACAGCAAGAAAUCUUCAUGGUGAAGGAAUGCAUGCACCACAAUAUUGUGGCCUACUUUGGGAGCUACCUCUGUCGGGAGAAGCUGUGGAUUUGUAUGGAGUACUGUGGCGGAGGGUCUCUGCAGGACAUCUAUCAUGUGACGGGGCCGUUGUCAGAGCAUCAGAUAGCAUAUGUCUCCAGAGAGACCUUACAGGGUUUAGGAUAUCUACACAGCAAGGGCAAGAUGCACCGCGACAUCAAGGGUGCCAACAUACUUCUGACAGACAACGGAGAUGUGAAAUUGGCUGACUUUGGAGUUGCGGCCAAAAUAACAGCCACGAUUGCUAAAAGAAAGUCUUUCAUUGGAACGCCUUAUUGGAUGGCUCCAGAAGUGGCAGCGGUAGAGAAGAACGGUGGCUACAACCAGCUGUGCGAUAUCUGGGCUGUUGGCAUCACGGCCAUCGAGCUGGCUGAGCUGCAGCCUCCGAUGUUUGACCUGCACCCAAUGCGGGCUUUGUUUCUGAUGUCAAAGAGCAACUUCCAGCCACCCAAGCUAAAAGAUAAAACCAAAUGGUCUACUCCCUUCCACAACUUUGUCAAAGUGUCGCUGACAAAAAACCCAAGAAGGAGACCCACAGCAGAUAAACUUCUUUUGCAUGCGUUCGUGGCCCAGGUGGGCCUGACGAGGAGGCUCGCUGUCGACCUCCUGGACAAGAUGAAUAACCCAGACAACCCUCAGCAUUACAGCGAGGUGGACGAUGACGACCUCGAGCCUCUUUCUGCAGUCAGACACACCAUCCGCUCCUCCAACAAACAAGCCAGAGCAGAGAGGACUCGCUCGGAGAUAGACUCGAACAAUGGAACAGACCAAGGAGGUCCAUGCACAAGUCCUAGCUUCACUGAGGGACACAGGGGGGAUGCAGUCGACAAACUACAGUUUGAACCACCUCUCCGGAAGGAAACAGAGGCUCAUUCUGAAAUGGAUGUGACUAAAGAUAAUGACUUCCCUUCUCCCUGGAGUCCCUUUGCAGAAGGAGGAAUAACAACCAGGAGCCUUCUCAAAAGCGUUGAGGACGAGUUGUUCCAACGAGGACAUGUAGCUCCUCUUGGUGAUGUCUUUGGAGAUGUGGAGAUAUCUACUCUCAAGCCUGGGGUUCCUCCUCCUCUGCCCCCAAAGCCUCGAAUCAACAGCUCACCAGAGGAGAUUGGCCUCAGUGAUGAGAAAUUGGCGACGGUGCGGAGGUUUCCUAACUCCGAGAACGGGCCGAGCCAGGCGUCUCGCAGACAGAGCACACCAGAGCAGGGCAACAGAGUGGAGCAGUCCACUUCAGAUUACAUGUCCUCUAGUGUCAGCAGUCCUGGCCUUCUGUCGCAUGCCUCUGACCCUGCUCUCAGUAAAUCUGAAUGUAAAGAUAACGAUUCUGACGGCAGCGUGAAUGGAGGCACUUCCCAGGCGUCAUCCAACCAGCAGCACCGCAAAGAGAAAAAGGAAUUCCCUAAACCAGCCAUCAACGGCUUGCCACCCACUCCCAAAGUGCUGAUGGGAGCCUGUUUCUCUAAAGUGUUUGAUGGCUGUCCUUUGAAGAUCAACUGUGCCACAUCAUGGAUUCAUCCAGACACCAAAGACCAGUAUCUCAUCUUUGGGACAGAGGAUGGUAUUUAUACGCUGAAUCUUAAUGAGCUGCAUGAAGCCACGAUGGAGCAGCUCUUUCCAAGGAAGUGCACGUGGCUGUACAUCAUCAACAACAACUUAAUGUCUUUAUCUGGCUCCUCAUCAGAAGGGAAGACCUUCCAGCUGUAUUCCCACAAUCUCAUCGGGCUGUUUGAGCAGCUGAAGAAGCCUGGCCUGGCUGCUCAGUUCCAGACUCAUCGCUUCCCAGACAAAAUCUUACCCAGGAGGUUUGCCUUGACAACUAAGAUCCCCGACACAAAGGGCUGCCACAAGUGCUGCAUUGUGAGAAACCCGUACACAGGCCACAAGUAUCUGUGUGGAGCGCUGCAGUCUGGGAUUGUCCUGCUCCAGUGGUAUGAGCCCAUGCAGAGGUUUAUGCUCAUCAAGCACUUUGACUUCCCUCUGCCCAGCCCGCUGAAGGUGUUUGAGAUGCUGGUGGUCCCAGAGCAGGAGUAUCCUCUGGUGUGUGUGGCCAUCAGCCAGGGCACAGAGCCAGGCCAGGUGGUCCGCUUCGAGACCAUCAACCUCAACUCCUGCUCUUCCUGGUUCACAGAGAUGGGAACAACUAAUCAGCAGGUGGAUGCAAUCCAUGUCACACAGCUGGAGAGAGACACCGUGUUGGUGUGUUUGGAUCAAAAUCUGAAAAUAGUAAAUCUUCAGGGCAGACUGAAGUCCAACAAGAAGCUGGCAUCUGAGCUCAGCUUUGACUUCUGCAUUGGCUCUGUUGUGUGCCUUCAGGACAGCGUCCUGGCCUUCUGGAAGCAUGGCAUGCAGGGAAAGAGCUUCAAAUCCAACGAGGUGACCCAAGAGAUUUCUGAUCCGAGCAGAGUUUUCCGCCUCCUCGGAUCCGACAGGGUGGUGGUUCUGGAGAGCCGACCCACAGACAACCCCACAGCCCAGAGCAACCUCUACAUCUUAGCAGGUCACGAGAACAGUUACUGAACUGGGACGGAUUCUGGGGGAAGUCUGAAAGAUGCCUCGGGAUUUGGGAGAGGGCUCCAAAUGUGCGCCUGAAGCUCUUCGUCAAAGGAAACGUCUGGUUUGGGAAGCGUUACUGGGAGGUUUUGUUACCGAUCACAGGAUGUACAGAGAACAGCCAGAGCCUCCUUUAGCCGGGAUUCAUGAGACGCCUUACACCAGCAACACGUUACCUGUAGCUCUGAAUGUGGAGACCGUUACAAGAGACAAUACAACCCGAGGCAUUGCUGUUUAGCAUUUGUCUCACUUCCCUGUACUGUGGACGGAGUUACAAACGAUUAUCUAGAGGUGUUAUCCAUAAAAGUGCCAUUAAACUCAGAAGAGAUUGUGACUGUACUGGUAAACAAUGGGAGAUUUAAUGUGUUAUUGUCUGUAACAUAUCACUUAUAAUCGCUGCAAGUGGCAAAGGUUCAUAGGCUUGAAAGACUUUCCAGCUCCGUAGUCAGACUAAUAGAUCGGUUUAAACCCAACCCGGUGAGCCAUGUGGGUUAUUUAAGCAAUAUUUAUUAACCUCCUGUCUAGUAGUGAGACGUGUUGGAUUCACAGAUGGUGAUGGAGCCGUCUUGCAUCGAGACGAUGAAGCAGCUUUGGGUUCCCCUUUUGUAUUAUAGCUACAUCUCUGCCGCUUGGCUGCAUUUUUACAAGUUGGAUGUAAUGUACUUUUUUUUCCUUUACCCUCAUCUUUUCUAGACCUUUUACACCUUUUCUCAUUAUUUGCACCAUGUAAGCACUUUUGUACAUUUUUUUUUAAUUUAAAAUGAAAUGACAAAAUGAGGGAAGCGGCUAGGUUUUAACAUCCCAUUCCCUUCGCAAAGUGUUUAAUGUCUGCUGUUUUGUAAUAAAAACAACCUGUUAACAAGA